UCCCGGCAGGCGCCGCGGCGCACGGCCAAUGAGGGCCCGAGGAUUUGGCGGCGGCGGCGCCCCGAGAGUCGGGGUGGGGGGGCUUUGUGCGCGGCGGCGGCGGCGGCGGGCGCGGGCGGCGGCGGCCAGCGCGGAGGCGGAGGCCGAGGGACCGUGCACAGGUCGCCGCGGAGAGGCGUGCGGAUUCCGAGCCGAGCCCCGAGGACCCCGCCGCCCCGGUCCGGCCGUCAGCCGCAGGCUCCUCUCCGGCAGCGGCGGCUGCGCGGCGACCCCGCUCCCCGCUUCCCUUCCCACCCGUCGCCCGCAGCCCUCCUGUGCCCGCAGCACGCCCGGCCCGGCCCGGCCGCGGCCCUCCUCGGUGCCGGCCGCCAUGGCAGAGGCGUCCGGCGCGGGGAAAAUCUAGCCGGGGGAUUUCAUGCGGCCUAGCCUGGUUCCGUCCGCUCCCCCCGCGGCCCCGGCGGCUGCCCGCGCCCCAGCCCCGCUCCGGGCCUCCGUGUGUCUCCUGUGAGCGUACUGACACGGCCGCGGGGUUAGAAUGGAACAAACUGAAGGCCCGAUGAGAGAAAGGGAAAGUUAAGGAUGCUGGAGCAGAACAAUGGAUUUCUCUUUCUCUUUCAUGCAAGGGAUCAUGGGAAACACAAUUCAGCAACCACCUCAACUCAUUGACUCCGCCAACAUCCGCCAGGAGGAUGCCUUUGAUAACAACAGUGACAUUGCUGAAGAUGGUGGCCAGAUACCAUAUGAAGCUACCUUGCAGCAAGGCUUUCAAUACCCACCUACAACAGAAGAUCUUCCUCCACUCACAAAUGGCUAUCCACCGCCAAUCAGCAUAUAUGAAACUCAAACCAAAUACCAGUCAUAUAAUCAGUAUCCCAAUGGGUCAGCCAAUGGCUUUGGUGCAGUUAGAAACUUUAGCCCCACUGACUAUUACCAUUCAGAAAUUCCAAACACAAGACCACAUGAAAUUCUGGAAAAACCUUCCCCUCCACAGCCACCACCUCCUCCUUCGGUACCACAAACUGUGAUUCCAAAGAAGACUGGCUCACCUGAAAUUAAACUAAAAAUAACCAAAACUAUCCAGAAUGGCAGGGAAUUGUUUGAGUCCUCCCUUUGUGGAGACCUUUUAAAUGAAGUACAGGCAAGUGAGCACACAAAGUCAAAGCAUGAAAGCAGGAAAGAAAAGAGGAAAAAAAGCAACAAGCAUGACUCAUCGAGAUCUGAAGAGCGCAAGUCACACAAAAUCCCCAAAUUAGAACCAGAGGAACAAAAUAGACCAAAUGAAAGGGUUGACACUGUAUCAGAAAAACCAAGAGAAGACCCAGUACUAAAAGAAGAAGCCCCGGUUCAACCAAUAGUAUCUUCUGUUCCAACAACAGAAGUGUCCACUGGUGUUAAAUUCCAGGUUGGUGAUCUUGUUUGGUCCAAGGUGGGAACCUAUCCUUGGUGGCCUUGUAUGGUCUCAAGUGAUCCCCUACUCGAAGUCCAUACCAAAAUUAACACAAGAGGUGCCCGGGAAUAUCAUGUUCAAUUUUUUAGCAACCAGCCAGAGAGGGCUUGGGUUCACGAAAAGCGGGUACGGGAGUAUAAAGGCCAUAAACAGUAUGAGGAAUUACUGGCUGAGGCCACCAAACAAGCCAGCAAUCACUCUGAGAAACAAAAGAUUCGAAAACCUCGGCCUCAGAGAGAACGUGCUCAAUGGGAUAUUGGCAUUGCCCAUGCAGAGAAAGCAUUGAAAAUGACUCGAGAAGAAAGAAUAGAACAGUAUACCUUUAUCUAUAUUGAUAAACAGCCUGAAGAGACUUUAUCCCAAGCGAAAAAGAAUGUUGCCUCCAAAGCCGAAGUUAAAAAAACCCGAAGACCAAGAUCUGUGCUGAAUACUCAGCCAGAACAGACCAAUGCAGGGGAGGUGGCCUCCUCACUACCAAGUACUGAAAUUCGGAGGCACAGCCAGAGGCGGCACACAAGUGUGGAAGAGGAAGAGCCACCUCCCGUUAAAAUCGCCUGGAAAACAGCGGCAGCAAGGAAAUCCUUACCAGCUUCCAUCACAAUGCACAAGGGGAGCCUGGAUUUGCAGAAGUGUAACAUGUCUCCAGUUGUGAAAAUUGAACAAGUGUUUGCGCUGCAGAAUGCUACAGGGGAUGGGAAAUUUAUUGAUCAAUUUGUUUAUUCAACGAAGGGAAUUGGUAACAAAGCAGAAAUAAGCGUCAGGGGGCAAGACAGACUUAUAAUUGCUACACCAAACCAGAGAAAUGAAAAGCCAACACAGAAUAUAUCGUCUCCUGAAGCAACAUCUGGUCCUACAGGCUCAGUAGAAAAGAAGCAACAGAGAAGAUCAAUUAGAACUCGUUCUGAAUCAGAGAAAUCCACUGAGGUUGUGCCAAAGAAGAAGAUCAAAAAGGAGCAGGUUGAAACAGUUCCUCAGGCUACAAUGAAGACCGGAUUACAGAAAGGUGCCAGCGAGAUUUCAGAUUCCUGUAAACCUCUAAAGAAAAGGAGUCGCGCCUCAACCGAUGUAGAAAUGACUAGUUCAGCAUACAGAGACACAUCUGACUCCGAUUCUAGAGGACUGAGUGAUCUGCAGGUAGGCUUUGGAAAGCAAGUAGAUAGCCCUUCAGCUACUGCAGACGCAGAUGUUUCUGAUGUCCAGUCCAUGGAUUCAAGCUUGUCAAGAAGAGGCACUGGCAUGAGUAAGAAGGACACUGUAUGUCAGAUCUGUGAAAGCUCUGAUGACUCUCUGAUUCCUUGUGAGGGAGAGUGCUACAAACACUUUCACCUGGAGUGCCUGGGGCUGACGUCACUCCCUGAGGGCAAGUUCAUCUGUGUGGAAUGUAAAACCGGGCAGCACCCAUGUUUUUCAUGUAAGGUGUCUGGUAAAGAUGUGAAGCGCUGUUCUGUGGGUGCUUGUGGGAAGUUCUAUCAUGAAGCCUGUGUCCGCAAAUUCCCCACUGCCGUCUUUGAGUCGAAAGGGUUCCGCUGCCCCCAGCACUGCUGCUCCGCCUGCUCUAUGGAGAGAGACAUCCACAAAGCCAGUAAAGGCCGCAUGAUGAGGUGUUUGAGGUGUCCACUGGCCUACCACUCUGGGGAUGCGUGCAUUGCAGCCGGAAGCAUACUUGUGUCCUCCUACAUUCUCAUCUGUAGUAAUCAUUCCAAACGGAGCAGUAAUUCUGCUGCUGCUGUAAAUGUAGGCUUUUGUUUCGUUUGUGCCAGAGGGCUGAUAGUUCAGGACCAUUCAGACCCCAUGUUCAGUUCAUAUGCCUAUAAGUCCCACUACCUACUGAAUGAAUCAAAUCGUGCUGAGUUGAUGAAAUUACCUAUGAUUCCUUCUUCGUCAGCUUCCAAAAAGAAAUGUGAGAAAGUUAUUAAGACUGUUUAUUUGUUUCAAGGUGGAAGAUUGCUCUGCUGUGAAUCGUGCCCGGCUUCCUUCCACCCGGAAUGCCUGAGCAUAGACAUGCCAGAAGGCUGCUGGAAUUGCAAUGACUGUAAAGCUGGCAAGAAACUACAUUACAAGCAGAUUGUUUGGGUCAAAUUGGGAAAUUACAGAUGGUGGCCAGCGGAGAUCUGCAAUCCCAGGUCUGUGCCACUGAACAUCCAGGGCCUUAAACAUGACUUGGGGGACUUCCCUGUGUUCUUCUUUGGUUCUCAUGACUACUAUUGGGUGCACCAGGGCAGAGUGUUCCCUUAUGUUGAAGGAGACAAAAGCUUUGCUGAGGGACAGACUAGUAUUAACAAGACCUUCAAAAAAGCACUAGAAGAAGCUGCAAAACGUUUCCAGGAAUUGAAAGCACAAAGAGAAAGUAAAGAAGCCCUAGAGAGUGAAAAAAACUCAAGAAAACCCCCUCCCUACAAACACAUCAAAGCUAACAAAGUAAUAGGAAAGGUUCAGAUCCAGGUUGCCGACCUGUCGGAGAUUCCCCGCUGUAACUGCAAGCCGGCUGACGAAAACCCUUGCGGCUUGGAAUCAGAGUGCCUGAACAGAAUGCUGCAGUACGAGUGCCACCCGCAGGUGUGCCCCGCUGGAGAGCGAUGUCAGAACCAGUGCUUCACAAAGAGGCUCUACCCCGACGCAGAGAUCAUCAAAACCGAGCGAAGAGGCUGGGGCCUCAGGACCAAAAGGAGCAUUAAGAAGGGUGAAUUUGUAAACGAAUAUGUUGGUGAAUUAAUUGAUGAAGAAGAAUGCAGAUUGCGAAUCAAGCGAGCCAACGAGAACAGUGUAACUAAUUUUUAUAUGUUAACUGUUACCAAGGACCGUAUCAUUGAUGCUGGCCCAAAAGGAAAUUAUUCUCGCUUUAUGAACCACAGUUGUAAUCCAAACUGUGAAACACAGAAGUGGACAGUGAAUGGAGAUGUUCGAGUUGGACUUUUUGCUCUUUGUGACAUUCCUGCAGGCAUGGAGUUGACAUUUAAUUAUAACCUGGACUGUCUGGGCAAUGGCAGAACAGAGUGCCACUGCGGGGCAGAUAACUGCAGUGGUUUUCUAGGAGUGCGGCCAAAGUCGGCGUGUGCGUCAACAGCUGAAGAGAAGGCAAAAAAUGCUAAGUUAAAGCAGAAGAGACGAAAAAUCAAAACAGAACCAAAGCAUAUGCAUGAAGAUCACUGUUUUCGAUGUGGAGAUGGUGGAGAGCUGGUCAUGUGUGACAAAAACGACUGUCCCAAAGCGUACCACCUCUUAUGCCUUAACCUGACGCAGCCACCGUACGGAAAGUGGGAAUGCCCGUGGCAUCAGUGUGACCAGUGCGGCAGCGCAGCGGCCUCCUUCUGUGAGUUCUGUCCACACUCGUUCUGUAAAGACCACGAAAAGGGGGCUCUGGUUCCUUCUGCACUGGAGGGCCGUCUCUGCUGCUCUGAACAUGACCCCCUAUCGCCUGUGUCACCAGAAUACUGGAGCAAGAUAAAAUGUAAAUGGGAAUCACAGGAUCAUGGAGAAGAAGUAAAAGAAUAAAUGGGCGGUGUCCCCCCCUUUCUAUUUAAAUGAAAACAAAUAGAGAAUGCAUUUAAAAAGAAGAGACUUCUACAGUGCAUACAGCCUUUGCCAUCAGAACUGCCUUACUAAAGCGAAAAUGGGAAACCAGUUCAUGCAGGCAGAAGCAGUUGGUGGUGUCUGGUUUUUCUGUUUUGUUGACUUAGGGAUUCUUUUGUGGAGGGUCACAUUCCCUUGAUCUUUUCUUGCCUUUUAUUGUGCUUCAAUGCCUUUGCAUCUGGGAAAAGAGAGAUCUUCGCUUUUAAAAUAAGAACAAAGAAAAAAGAAAGUUUUGUUAAUGAGAUAAAUUUAAAGUCUAAGAUGUGUUCCUUGGUUGUACAAAGCAAAAGAAACCAUCAUUCCUUUAUUUAUUUUCAUUUUUAGGAAUUUCGAGAAGUAUAGUUGAAAUAGUCUAAUCAGUGUAUGUGUGUGUGUUUUAAGUAGGAAUCAGAGAAAGCCCUCUUAGAAAAGGGUAUGAUAAUCUUUAUAUACCUCUUUGCUGAGCAGUAGGUAGGCUGACUUCUCUUCCCCUUCAAAAUGCUUUUCAUAGUCUUAGAGAAGCGCUCUAUGGAAGUAUUAAAUCUGGCCUCUUGAAAACAAAUGCCUCGAUGGAUUUUACCUCUGUGGUCUUAAACUAGGUGGGCUUUGUAAUAUGGUAACUUUAGCCAGAAAGGUAUAUAAUGUGUGUUUUUGUUUUGUAGAAAAAAAAAAAAAGAAUGGAUGUGCUCACUGAUUUUUGAAAUGUUUUCCAUUGACAGGUUUUUUGAUGAAGUGUGUUUAUGUGGAUGUGAAGGCAUGUUGGAAUGGUCAUCCUGUUAUCCUGACACACUGACAAAAGCAGCUAAAGGGAGAUGAAAGGCACAUACCAAAAGUUGGAUCAUAGAAGUACCAUUUUCUGUCCAGUUUAAUGUAGACUUUGGUCUGACUUGGAGAGAAUUAUGGGCAUUUUAUUUACCGUCUCUGUUUCCCUCUCCUAAUCAAACAUUUCCUGUGUCAGUUGACCAUUCAAUCAUGUUUCUUGGUGAAACUACACAAAUGAAUUUGAAUUGUAUUUGAAUAGAUCUUUUGGGUUGAGUUCCUAAUUUUGGGGGGUGAAAGUAGGACCAUCCCCAAGUUAUAUGCAAACAAUUUCUAUUUAGUAUUAAUAUUACCCAUUACUUAAAAUUGCUCCCAUUGGGUAAGGGGAAGAACUUCUACUUUGACAGGGUACAUAAGAGCCACACAAACACACUUCAUCUUAGGAAGCACUUAGGGAAAACGCCCAAGAAAGUCAGUGUUAGCAAAAGUGGUUGACUGUGAUGCUUGAAUCUUACAGAUACGAGUAUACCAAGAUGUCUGCUCACAAAACUCACUUGCUUUUAAUGCUUAGGAAUAUGUAUAUUCCAGUAUUCCUUGUAUGAAAUAAUUAGUAAUGUCAGACAUUGUUGUAACACUGUACUAAGUAGAAGUCUAGGGUUAGCUUGAAUGAACGUUAACUUCCUCUGUGAAUUUUGACUGCUUACCAUUGCUGGUACCUGGUAGCAUUGAUUUUCCCUCAAGAAGUACCUAGUAACCUUAUGAAGGUAGGGAGGGCAGAUGCUUUACUGCAUUCCUUCAGUUGUAUUAUGUGUGUUCUGUUUUCUUAUCAAUUUAGAGCUCUUCUCUGGAAAGAAGAGAAAAAAAGUUGUUUUGUGCCUCUCCGUUUUUUGUAUGUAAAUGUGCAAUUAUACUGGAUUUUCUCUUGUAAAAAACAAAACAAAACAAAAAAACCAACACUACAAUUCUUUUACUUAAGCUCCUAAACUGCCAUUUGCCUGAUUGCAGCAAUUAAUUCUGAGGUGACUUAUUGGGCUUCCAAUAAUUCUGUUGAUUAGAUAUUGUCCCAAAAGAAAGAGCAAAAUGGAAAAUGCUAUAUACAUGUUACCAAAUGUAAUUGCUAUAAGUAACAUGAAAUACAGCUCACCAAAACACUAAACUUUGCUCUUGAGCAAUUAUAUAGUUUAAUUGUCCUUUUAAAAAAUAAUUUAAGAAAAUCUAGGUUUUAUCAUACUAAAAUUUUAUUUUAUAUAUAUGAUAAACAUUUGGUUUUUUAAACUUAUUAAGGAUUUCCUUUAAUAUUCUAAAUGCAACUCUUGUUGAAACAAUAUUCAACAUGAAAUCUUAUCUCCUUGCUUUGUUUUAGAUUUAGUGCUAUUUAAUAUCUGAUGACUUUUAUAUGGUAAGCCAGGGUACAUCCUAUGUACUGCACAUACUUAGGUUUAAGUAUUUUUCUGCAGCUUCUUCAUUGUGUCACAUUUUUUUUUUAUACCUGUAACAGAGCUCUGCUGGGGUUGUUUAAUCUUUUUUUUUUAUGACUAGUAUUAUUGUUUCGCCAUUUCAGAAAGCAGUGUAGGAAAAAAUAGCUAACCAUAGCUCUGAAGUCUUUGUCCAUGAGUGUUCUUUAAUGGUCUAAAAAGUGAUUUUAGUCAUGCCAGUGCCAAGGGGCUCUCGUCACACCUCCUUCGUGCCAAUGUUCACCUAUUUUAUAUAUUUUAAGGAUGCAGGUUGUAGAAAUAGAAAAAUGUGCUUCAUGUAUGCAUAAGUGUACAUGCAUUGUGCUUGCCUAUGCUACACCAAUGAAAUAUUCUAAAAGACAUAUUGCUCAUUCAUAGUCUGAAGUUGGUAUUUGUUAACUUUUAAAUCUAUAUGUGGUCAGAGUGUAAGUAGUUGGCUUUUGUUGUUGUCCAAAAAUGAAAUAACUUAAAGCAGCAUGGGACAAUGAUGGUAUUUUUUAACCUCAUGUAAAUUGUUUGAAGGAAGAAGUGAAUGUAAGAUUUUUGAUAAUCAGCAGAAAGCUUCAGAAACUGGAUCAGCGCGCUGGGAAACUCAGGCACUGUGCAGCCAGCGGGCAGGACCACUAGUGCUCUGAGGAGUCCGAGGCUGCCAGGCCGGCUGAGGAGGGAGGGUGGUGGCCCUUCAUUCCUGGAAUGCCGAAGCAGCUGGAGGCAGGGGAUCGGGUCUUUAAUGUCUAAUCAGGGCUAGAGAUAGGAGUGAGGUGGGUUUUAUUUUCACUGUUGUUUUAACAAGUUCCUACUCUAUCUUAAUUCUGAAAAGUGAGCUGGCCUAAGCUGUAGAGAAUAGGCUCAGUUCUGGAAUCAUUGAAACUCGGAGAUUUGUGCAUCUGUGUUUAAGUCAAGAACAUAUCUGAAAACUAACAGAAUAAAUAAAAAAAUAAUUGAGGGACUGAGGCUGCUCCCAGCUCCCGUCUGCCAUUUCUGCAUAGUGUUUGGAAACAUGCCCAAAAUAAUGUGUGGGACUGAGAUACUGAGUAUGUAAUCAUGUACAGAACUCUCAAUGGGACAAGCUGUUGGCCAGCUUUCCUGGUUCACAAAGUGGAGUUUCCUUUUUGAGUAGUUUCUUGCAUGGUGUGUUCUAAUCAGGGUCAAACCCAACAAACAGUUUGGAAGCAGUCCAUCUAAACAGAAUGUAGUCUCUGGACUGCCCAGGACUUGUUGCUUAUCUUUCAUUUCAUUUCUAAAUACAAAGCUCUUCCUUUAGCAUUCACCUUAAAAAUCAAGGCACUGCCUGCCACAUGCCAUGUCCUCUAACAGGAUGAGAAAACAAGUUACCACGGAGUGCUCACAGCUUGGGAAGCUCACGUUGGAUGUUCUUCUGUGUGAGGUGAGAUGACAUUGGAAAGUUGUCUUGUUGCUGGGCAGAGCAGAUUAGACUUGAAUCACUUUUUACAAGGCUGAUGUAUCCAUCUAGCCACCGCCAAAUUGUCCAAGUUGGUGUAGACAUGUAGUAACCAAACAGAACAAUUUCCUUCAGCCUAGGGCCACUUAGAAUUGGUCUCUGCUUAUUUGUAAACAAAAAGUGGAACUUUUUUCCAUUUUUAGAUGGACAAGGGAACAGAUGCAAUCAGACAGCUUGCAGUGAAUUCACCAGUACUGAAAAGUUGAAAAUGUAUACGUUCUGAAAUCUCACCAACUUUUACCUGGGGCGGGCUAGCGGGAGAAAAGGGGGUUCUAGGGUAGGGGAGGGGAACGGUAAUGUUUACCACAGGUACGAAGUAGUCACUUUAACAUUGAGACCUCUGCCUCAUUGAAUUCAGGUUUUUUAAGUACUUGAAACUCUUCAGAUUCUCCUUAUUUUACAGUUUCUUUUUAAAUUUACAAAGUAGAAAGCAUUGUUUUGUAUACAGUUUCAAAAAUAAAUAGCCUAGUCUCUUAUCCUCUUUAACUUGGAAUAAAGGCGAAGUUCUGCAAAUGGGAAAGAGUGUUCCCAGUAGCGAUCUCAGAUUUAUUUUACACAUUUGAGGAAGAGACUCCUGCAUGAGAUACCAGCAGCAUUUUUAUGAAUACUUCCUAUGUAUGUUCUUUAUUUUGUCAACCCUAUCCCCAAGCACUUCUUUCCUUUUAAUAUAUGUCUGUGUAGGAAAAAAAAAAAAAUUGCACUUAACGUUACACUCCUGAAAUGCUGUGCGUAGCCUGUGUCUUUCAAAAACUAUUUCCGUUUUUGUUUUUCCGUCAGUCCAUUGCAUAAGCGACAAGUUUGGGUGCUUGUGGCGUAUGGGUAUGAAGGGGGAGGAGGAAAGAGAAUUAUCUUCAGUAGGCUGUAAAAGUUAUUAACGUGUACGUAAAAAGGGAAAAUAGAAUAGUUGCCAAAGUCAUUUAUUCAGUCCUUGGUUUUCUUACAUGACAUUACCGCAUCUGCUCAUCAGUGAGAAAGCACCCUCAGCUUGUACCGCUCCCCUUCCCUGCCUGCCAGCAGACGCGGUAUGUGCAGAUGGCUCUCGAGUAUCUGUCAGAUUGCCUGCAAGGUAUUUAUAAGGUAUUCUUGUCAGUAUAGAAGUGGACUGGAUAAAACAUUUACUUUGUUGUCAUUAAUAUUAUUUUAUCUCAUUUGUUCUUGUUACAUGCCCUAUGUUAAGAAAAUCAUAUUGCCACUAAUAACCAAGAUGCUAAAUGAUUAUUACAACUGGCUAAUAAGCAUCAUCUUUUUAUAUACAAGGGUGUGUGCAUAUUUGGAAUUGAUAUGAAAUUUAUUUGUACCCAUUUGAGUGAUAUUGCACAACAGAUACCUACAGAUUCCGUUUUCAUUUCCUCGUGUUCUUUAUGAUAAUGAUCUUUGUAGGUUGGUUAUUUCUGUACUUUGUUUAUCUGUAAUAAACUUUGUAGACCCUGUGAAAUGUUAUUUUGCCUAAAUCACUUGAGACUUGAGUCUUUAAUAACAAAGCAUCAUUAUUCACUAAAGUCAAUCUCUUUUGAGUUUCUGUGACUUGGCUAGCUCUUGACACUAAGGGAUUAGUGUUGAUUUUCCCUGGGGGUGUUCCACUAGGGCAUUACUGUAUAAUGACUUGAUGUUGCCACAUAGACUUCAAGAUAUAUAUUUUGAGGAUUUUGUUGAUUUGCUUAUGUUUUAUUGCAUAGUGUGAAACGCGUAAAGCUUGGUUAGCAACCUGUAUAUAGAUAGUUUAUUGUUGGCUAGUCAUAGUGUAUUUAGGAUUGCCUGUAAUAUUUAAGCUUCUUACUGAUGUGUGUGCUGGUAGGAACAUAAUUUUUGUAUAUUUACUGAGAUAUGUUACCUUUUUUAUUUUACAAAUACUUUGGAAUUCAAAUGUGUUUUUCUGCUUCCGUGAGGAUUAAUUUGGAAAGGUUUUUAAUGACAUUCCACUGAUUUCAGACUUUGCUUGAGAUUGACUUCAAUAAAUUGUCCUGUAUGUCCCAAAUU